GAGCCCUUUGAAAAAGCCACCUAUAAAAACAGCAUGAGAGUGAAGGUGAAGUUUGCAGACCAGACCCUCCUGAUACCCAUCCAACCCUCUGAGCAAGAGAAGACAAUCUCCUGGCUCACCCUCCAGGCGAGACAGAGAUACUUCAACAUGUUCUUGCUUCUCCCCAGCUUGACCCUGAGCACACAGGACGGGACGGUGCUGUGCCAGAGUGACAUCAUCAACACAGUUCUGCUGGACUCUGAUGUCCUCACCGCCAACGUCAGCGCUUGGGAGAGGCCGAGGCUUGAGGAAAGAUACGAACAGGCCUGCCGGCUCAGUCUGAAUGAGCCAAAUAAAAAUGUUUCUUCAGCUCUCCAGCAGUCGGAAAACAUUGGGCAUUUGCCCCUCACCGAUUUUGGGCUUGGGCUUUCUGCCCUUCAACCCGUCUUCCAAGCUCUGGAGGGUCAAAAAACUUUAACAGAACUCCGACUCAAUGGCAACAGGCUAGGUGACUCUGGCAUUGUAUCUCUCAUGAAAGUUUUAGUAACUUUGCCCGUUUUAAAAGUCCUGAUGCUUGAUGGAAACAACAUAUCUGCUGAUGGGAUAAAUGGUAUUUCCUUUGUGUUGAAAUCAGAGACCUGCCUACAAUCCCUAACCACACUAAGUCUGAGCCACAAUUGUCUGGACGAUAUAGCAUCUGAACCUCUAACAUCUGUGAUAGAAAAGUUGCCAGAGCUGAAAAGUCUCAACCUGUCAUCAUGUGGUUUUUCAGUCAAGGUUUUUACAACUUCAUUCUGUGAUGCUUUGAGAGGUAAAGGUUCUUUGAUAAGCAAGUACUUAUCAUUGAUAGACAGUAGUCCAAAGUGCUUCAAAUAAAUAAAUAUGGUUUGCUCUUGAUUUAAUAUUUAGAUAUUUUUAAUAAAUUUUGUUUUGUUUUGUUUUUUUUUUCAAUUUCAAGAUAACUAUUUUCUAAACAAAAAAGGCAUUUUAUUAAGGCGAUUGACCAACAGAGACAAAAAUAUUUUUUGAGACAAUACCAAUGCAUUACUGAUGAGUUUAUCAAUGUAUCUUCUACUUAAUAAUAAUAUCUAAACACAGAGGUUUUACUCCUUCAGGUUGUCAACUGGAAUAUCUGAACAUAGCUGAAAACCAGAUCAAAGAUGAGGGAAUCAAACACUUACUCAAGGUCUUACAUCCUGACACACUGAUCUCACUGAACAUAUCCCACACCAGGACAGCAUCUGAAACUGAUAUUGGACCAGCACUGGAGCAGUUUGUGACUGCCGGUUGCUGUUUGCAAGAGCUAUGUGUGGCCGGCUGUUACCUUUCUACUGAUGACAUUAACUGCAUAAAUAGGUGA